AUGAAUAAGAACAAAGCCCAGCUCACAUACUUCACCUCAUUUGCUGAAUUCAACAACAUGCUGGCUGAUCCGACAAAAAAUGUCAAUGAUGUGUUUUUUCCCACGGAAGAAAUAUGUGCUGUGCACUGGGGAAUGAACGAAAAUUUUGUGAAGCAAGACACUUCCACAAAUAUAUUCCUCGCUGCCUUCACAACUGCUUGGGCUCGGAUGAAACUUUACCAAGAAAUGGAUAAGUUGGGAGAGUCUGUGUUAUAUCACGACACAGAUUCCAUAAUUUACGCUAGCAAUGGAACAAAUGACCCCGCUCUGGGCAACCUUUUAGGCGAGUUCACGGAUGAAUUAAAUGGGGAUACGAUAGAAACAUUUGUGUCAGGCGGCCCAAAGAACUAUGGAUACAAAACAGCCUCUGGAAAAACAUGCUGUAAGGUUCGAGGCUUUACCUUGAAUUUUAGAAAUUCAAAGAGCCUCAACUAUGAUGCUUUAAAGUGGUUAGUAUCUGGAAUGAGUGAUGACACAAUUGCACUCAAUAACCCAUCAAAAAUCACGAGAGAUCCCAAGAAAAGACGCAUCAUCAACAAACCUGAAACAAAAUUGUAUCGGAUGGUUUACAAUAAACGCGUCAUCCAGCAAGACUUCACGACUUUGCCGUAUGGAUACUGGUAA